CUCGUCAGCCUCCUCCACCUCUUCAACUUCCUCCACCUCGUCCACCUCUUCAGCUUCUUCAGCCUCCUCGUCGGCCUCGUCGUCGUCGUCAUCUUCCUCUACUUCUUCAUCCUCGUCCUCCUCUUCUUCGUCUCCAACUGUCUCUUUGUCGUCCUCUUCCUCUUCCUCUAGCUCCUCGGGAGGAUACUCCUCCUCCUCCUCGUUGUCCCACACGAUGUUGAACCUCGUCACUCGCGGCUUCUCGGCCAGGAUAUUGCGCACAAUAUGCUCGACUUGGACUUUGGACGGAGGAUUUUCGCGGAGCUCUUCAGAGUCGUACUCGUUAUUCACGUAAUAUCCAACUCUCACAAACUCUCGCUCUCGGUAUGAGCAGCUAAGCAAAAUCACCGUCACAGACACGAGCUCGCUGGCAGGAAUUAGCUCCGGCGACGGCGCAUCUGCAGUGAGAAUGAAUUUGUUCACGCCUACCGGCACAGGACCCACCAGGAUCGAGUCCAGCUCCUGGUCGUGUUCGAGCGAUCGCGACGACCCCACGUAGGUCAGUUUCCACUCGAGAUCCUCCUUCAGCGGCUCAAGACACUCGAAAGUGAUCUCAAAUUGGUACGGGUCUGUGAACCUAGCUGGGUUGUUCAGAACGUUGAUUCCAAGCAGUGACACUAUAGACAUACGCGUUUUUCUAAAAAGUACACCGCCACACAAUAUUUUCUUAAAUCUCAGCUCUCGGUGUGUGCACAGCCACGUAUUUACCAUUUUGCAGUGCAAAAAAUGUUUUGAUCAUGUCUGCCUCCUUCAUGAACACUCUCUUUGGCUCCAACUCAGACAAAUGGCCUCACAACGAGGAGUCGCUUGUUUUGGCUCUUCAGACACGGAUUCAGCAGGAGCGCACCAAACAGGAGUACUACAAAGUCGAGCAGCUGAAUAAGACAUUGGAGCUGGUGAAACUGGCUGCACAGAUCAACGUUCCCCCUGAACUCAUCCCCGUUCUCGUUCCCGAAAGGUCAGGAACGUUGCCCGCUCCAAGCAGGGCGGAACCUAACCCCAUGGCCAGCUUCAAGUUUGGAUCAGGCUCGGCUCAACGCAAAACAACUCUGAACCCUAGACACCAGCUGUCUCCGUCAAAAAUCGGUGCCCACGCGGUCUCAUCGUUGCUUAAUGGCAAGCAACCAAUUGCCGUCAACGACGUGCGACGCGGAAGACAUCAAAGAACCAUUUCGCUGCCGCCAGAGGUAAAAAAAGCACAGUAG